UGCCCGAGAGGGGGCGGUCCCGGGGAAGCACUCGGCGCGGCCGGCGCGUCUUUCCGCCUCACCUUGCACCUGCGCCUGUGUUUGCAUCUGAGCCUUUGUGCCAGCGAGGCGUGCGCUGACUCGAAGGGUGACGGGUGGCGGGUGACGGGGACGCUCGCUCGGCUUGUCAUGGCAUACCCGGGAUACGGAGGAGGGUUUGGAAACUUUAGUGGUUAUGUGGCAGGAAUGCAGAUGCAGAGGGGACAGCCGCUGCCAGGGCCCAUCUUACUCCCUGGUGCGUGCUCUGGGUACCCUGCAUAUUCAGACAGUUAUUCUGCAGCAGGAGACCCCAUGUGGACGUAUUUCUCUGCUAUUGCCGGGCAGGAUGGUGAAGUGGAUGCUGAAGAACUUCAAAAAUGUUUGACCCAGUCUGGAAUUAGUGGAUCUUAUUCUCCCUUCAGUCUGGAAACCUGCAGAAUUAUGAUUGCCAUGUUGGAUAGAGAUUACACAGGAAAAAUGGGAUUUAAUGAAUUCAAAGAACUUUGGGCAGCUCUUAAUGCCUGGAAGCAGAACUUCAUAACUAUUGAUCAAGACCAGAGCGGCACAGUAGAGCGUCAUGAAUUGAACCAAGCCAUUGCUGCUAUGGGUUAUAGGUUGAGUCCUCAAACAUUAACUGCUAUUGUUAAACGGUAUAGCAAGAAUGGCAGAAUCUUCUUUGAUGAUUAUGUUGCUUGCUGCGUGAAGCUUCGAGCAUUGACGGAUUUCUUUAGGAGAAGAGAUCACUUGCAGCAAGGAGUUGUGAAUUUCAUGUAUGAUGAUUUUUUGCAGGGUACGAUGGCGAUUUAAAUGUCUAGAAUUUGAAAGCUGAAGAGAUACUGUGAAUAUUUUUACUUGGAAGAAAUGAACUGGACUAAUUUGAAUUAAACUUUUUGGGGCUUUAAGCAUGUUUCUACUUGUUAAAAUCUCUUUCCUUUCUAUAUGCUUUUAUGUUAGUGCACAGUUCAAAGCAAUGUAAGAAAUGUUUUUGUAUUUGGGAUAUUAUUUCUUUUAAAAACGUAAUGACUUUACUGAUAUGUGCAUAGUGACAAAAUAUUGUUAUGUGAUUGAUGUAAAUAUCUCUUAAUUUUUAACAUUAUAACCCUAGAGAUUUGAAUGUACUUACAGGAUAGAUUAUAUAAGAAGUCAAAUAAUCAAAGCCUCAUUAAAACUAAUUUAUAAUUGUGUGGAUUGCAAAUUAUACUUUGAAGUUUUGUUGGUAGUUGGUUUUUGCUGGUAGAAUGAGCUAGAAGGGGAGCCUGGAUUUUGUACCAUAUUUGAAAUAGGGCUUAUUCCUUGAGUACAUAAUUAGAGAACAGAAACUCACAGGUUUUUUCCUCUGUAGAAGAAAAUUGUAUGUCCUAGAUUUUAUCUUAAAUCACUUUAGGUAGACCAUAAAUUAAUCUGUAGUGAAAUAAGACUUAUAGGAGCCAUUGUUUUUCCUUUUUUAUUUUUUACAAAGUGUGUAUUUUUCUUUGGUGUGGUUUUUUUGUCUUUUGUGGAAAAAAGUUUUAAAUAAACACUACUUUCCCUCUGUACCUCAUUUUGUUAAUGGAGACAUAGAUAACCUAAAAUGGCAUCUUCCGCUAAGUCUUGAUUCUUUGGAAAUGAUACAUUUUUGAAAUGUCAACUUUCAGAUUUGUUCUCUUAAGAACGUUGUUGUUCACACAUAAUGCCAACUGCAUAUAUAAUCAAGUAAUCUACCACUUUGUUUAAAUAUUCAGAAACCAUAAGUUUUACUUUGUUGACAGCAUUACCUGGGGGUUUGCGCAUUAGUAAACCAGUCUUUUGAACCCAUCUGUGUAUGUGGGUCCUGAGUAGAGUGGACACCACAGCAACAAUUUCUAAGUGGUGUUACUUUGGAAAUUGCAAAGUCGAGUCACCAGGUCCUUAGCAUUUAAGAUCCCUGAUAUAAGCUGUUGUAAUUGGCAAACACUCUAAGUCUUUCUUAAUGAAGAUUUAAUAAAUCACAUAUUAUUCUUACACUUUAUCUGUCUUCAGCUUAAAGGUGAAUACAAAAUAUAAUUAUAGUGUGGCUGGUGACCAAAUUAAUACAUGCUUUUUAUAAAAUUCCAUGUUUUUUAAAAGAUGGAGGAUAAAUAGAAGUAUCUUGAAAAAAGUCUUUUAUAAACUUACAGAAUUUUAAAUCAAUUUUUUCACUUUUAACAGUCCUGGAAAGAAAGAAAUGUGUAACCAUUUUGACAUUGAUAAUUUUAUUUAAUUAGCUUUUGAAUUCAUUGGUCAGCUUUAUAAAAAUGUAUGAAUAAAUAAUCCAUAUAAUUCGGUCCUCUGGCUACUAAUUUUUUUCAUGAACAUAUAUUUGAUAAUGUGAGAAGACAUUAGCAGCCAUAAAAAAAUAGAGAAUUCUAAUUAGAAGUGUUGUAUGAAAAAGCUAACAAACACUAUUGCUCAUGUUGAAUAAGGCUGAUAAUGUGACUCAGCAGACUGGAACCUUAACAUUCAGCUUAUAGAUAGUUGAGUUACUAUGCUGUUCUGAUAUCUGUUAUAGUUUUUCUUACUUGGAGGUUCAUGGUUGGGGUAAAACUUUAAAAAUGACAUAUGGUAUUAUAUGUUUCUGCCAAAUGACACUUUGUAUUAGAACUGUACACAAUUCUCUAACUCAUCUUUUCUGAAAGUGUUCUCAUGACUUCUGGUCAUAGAUCUACGAAGAAGGAGUCCAUGGCCAAACAUAUAUGGGAAAUUCUAAUCUUCCUCAGGAAGCUUGAUAAAUCCUACUGUACCUAAAAUCCUGCUUAAUUUUUUUGACCCAAUUUUUCCCAAACUUUUUGACCAGAAAACUCCUUUCUCCAGCAUACUAAUGUUCCAUGAUAUUAAAAGGAAAACUACAGGCCCAAAGACACAGUCACAUAUGUUAAUAUCCCUAUGUCAGCAAACCAAGACUGAGUACCUAACCCAGGUGAAGUCUCAGAACCCCCACCCCAGUCACCAGAAAUACAACUUUUAAUUAGUCAACUUGGACUUCCCUUGUCAGCGCUAGAAAAUUUCCUGAUAGACACCUUUUAUUCCCCUUAGGAGGGUGACCUGGCUUAGAACAAUGAAUUAUCUACUGCUAAUCUCCUUUUUUUCUGCUCCCUACUUUUAAAAACCUUUCCUUUUCUGCAGUUAUCAGAGCAUCUCUACUUGCUAAAUGAGAUGUUGUCAGAUUCAUGAAUUACUACUAAAGCCAAUUAUAUUUUCAAAUUUACUGGGUUGAAUUUUGCUGUUUUUUUAACAAUGCCAAUCCAACUUAUUUGUUAGACAAUUCUUUUAUCCUUUGUAUUAAAUAGAUAAUCUUAUUAAAAACAUUAAGCCUAGAGAAUAUUUUACUGGGUUUUUUAUACUGAAAUGCAGUUCAGUUUUUGAUGCUUUUAAGAUAAUUGUAAACAGACACCCCUUACUAUGGUAUAAUUAGUUUUAUGACAUAUCACUGGAGUAUGAAUAUUGUAUGGUGGUUUGUAUUGGUUAACUCACACCCAGUUUUCUUAUGAUGAUGUAAAUUAUUGAAUAAUGUACACUCAGUGUUUAAGUGCUUUUAUUUAUACCAUAAACAUGUUUCCAUGUCAUUUGAGAUUUUUUUAAUAAACAUUCAAAUAGCUUGCUGUAAAGAUUUUCAUCAUACAAAAUCUGUUACAUAUAUAUUAUGAGAUGCUUCAGUUCAAAUAACAGUGCAGUAAUUCAUCUAUGCCUAAAAAAAACUACCAAAGGCUUAAAUGUCAGGUAUUGACCUUCUAUUUCGAGUGGCAGUUUAUACAUUUUGAAUUAUAUCAAGGGGAAAUCAAUACGAUUGAAAUCUUAAUUUGGUCCACUUUAAAUGUAAUUUCAAGGAUGUGCUCAUCUGAUCUAUUUAAGCAUGCAUUCAGAAACAAAAAGUAAUAAAAAUCAAUCUCAAGUGAUAUGUUUAUUUCCAGAAAAGACAUUUACCCUGGAAGAAAGAAUUCAUUAAAGUAGUUUAAGGUCUGUGUAAUUAAGUGACAAAACAUCAAUUUGUGAUUAUUUCUUUAAAUAAAACAAAUAAAGUUCACUUGUAAUCUUAUGACUGAACUGGACAAACAAAAUAAAUACUAUUUGUCGGAAA